GUAGCCGGAAGCGGGUGGCGGUGGGGUGGGUGGCCGGCGCUCGUCCUCGGUGCGGUUCGCGGCGCGGCCGACCCCAGCCGGGACCCCGGCCCUGACCCCGGCCUGACCCGGCCCGACCCGGCGCUCAGGAUCGAGCCCUCUGCCCGCGUCAUGGCCAGCCCGAGAACCAGGAAAGUUCUUAAGGAAGUCCGGGCGCAAGAUGAAAACAAUGGUCCUCGGGGUCCCCGGGCCCCGCCCCGCCGCGGGUGAGUCGCCUGGGCGCUCUUCGCAGGUGUGUUUUGAGUGCGGCGCCUUCAACCCUCAGUGGGUGAGCGUGACCUACGGCAUCUGGAUCUGCCUGGAGUGCUCCGGGAAGCACCGCGGGCUCGGGGUGCACCUCAGCUUUGUCCGCUCUGUCACUAUGGACAAGUGGAAGGACGCGGAGCUGGAGAAGGUGAAGGCGGGCGGGAACGCUGAAUUCCGGGCGUUCCUGGAGCGGCAAGAGGACUACGACCCCUGCUGGUCCCUGCAGGAGAAGUACAACAGCAGGGCCGCCGCCCUCUUCAGGGACAAGGUGGCCGCUCUGGCCGAAGGCAGAGAAUGGUCUCUGGAGUCAUCGCCCGCCCAGAACUGGACCCCACCUCAGCCCAAGACGCUGGCGUCCUCUGCCCACCGAGCCUCUGGCCAGCUGCGGAACUCCACCACCUCCACGGACAAGGCUUUCGAAGACUGGCUGAACGAUGACCUUGGCUCCUAUCAAGGGGCCCAGGAGAACCGCUACGUGGGGUUUGGGAACACGGUACCGCCUCCGAAGAGGGAAGACGACUUCCUCAACAGCGCCAUGUCGUCCCUGUACUCGGGCUGGAGCAGUUUCGCCACCGGAGCAAGCAGGUUUGCCUCAGCAGCUAAAGAGGGUGCGACAAAGUUUGGAUCCCAGGCAAGUCAAAAGGCAUCAGAGUUGGGCCACAGUCUGAACGAGAGCGUCCUCAAACCUGCCCAGGAGAAGGUGAAGGAGGGAAAGAUUUUUGAUGAUGUGUCCAGUGGGUUCUCUGAGUUGGCAGCCAAGGUCCAGGGAGUCGGUAGCAGGGGAUGGAGGGACGUCACCACCUUUUUUGCUGGGAGAACGGAGGACCCGUUGGACAGAGCCCCGGAGGGCCGGAGUUGUCAGCACAGCGGCGGGGACAGCCCCCACAGCACUACCGACCGGAACUUCUGGGAGGCCUUCGGGAGCACUGGCCCUGCUGGGGCCCACAGGUCCCCAAGUGGCAACAACCGGACGUGCGUGGACCCCUCAGCCAACAGGAGGAGCUCGGACGGCUGGGACGCGUGGGGCUCGGGCCCCGCGCCUGCGUCCAGCGACGGGGAUGGCGACCACGUUGGUGGUGGGGGGCCCUGGGGGGGCGGGGCGGGGGGCGGGGCCAGGGCCGUCAAGGAGGCGGCACCGCUGGCUGCCGUGGACGACGGCUGGGACAACCAGGACUGGUAGGGCGCAGCGGCCACGCCGCCCCCUCGCUCCUUCCUCUCCACCCAGAAGCACCGGCUGCGCAGGAAGACGGCCUCGGCCGGGACCCCAGGGGCGUGUGCCUCCCUGUCCCCGCUCUCCUGGGGCCCCGGGCCGGGCGCUGUCGCAGGAGGGGCUCCCUACUGCUGCAGGGGCCGCCCACACCCAGCCCCUCCCCCAGUGUGCUCGGUAAUAAACGCCCCCCCAGCGGCGCCCGCGGCUGCCCAGUGACCUGACUGAGGCCUGUGUCCUUGA